AUGAGAGAGGAAAGGAAAGGAAAGCUAGAAGUCGUAAACAAAGUUACUAUCCAUACGGUGUCAGCCAGUAAUGGAGUUAGAGAUGAAAAAUUCAACCUGCAAGAUGUGGAGAUCAAGGCCAAGAUCAACUCCUCAAUCCUCUCAAAUGAUCAAUGA